AUGGCGCGGCUGGCGAAAGCAACUACCGUCUACCGCGUCAGACGGACCGAUCGGAUGGAUAAUCGCAGCCUCUCCAGGCUGCUCCCCUCAAAAAAGAGAGCGAAUCUUUCUCGGCUGAACCUGCACCCCUGCCCAGCUGCCCUUGUCCCCUCACCGACAUUAAUCCUUGGCAUGACGGCCAUUGGUCUUGCUUUCCUGAGUUGUCUAACUCAUUGCCGCUCCCCUCAUGCUGCCAAGGCACGGCGUGCUCCUUUGAAAAAGCUGUGCGACACCGCCGCCGCAUUGGCCACUGAUUUUGCUCAAGAACCCCUCGUCGCCAGUGAUCUAUGUGUCUGUCACGGUAGGGAGAUAUACCUAGCUACCUCAUCACCAUCACCUCAACACGCAGCUAGUCUGAGAUCAGAGCAGCAGAAGCGGUUCAUGGAUGAAGCCCUGCUCGAGCCAGCACCAGAGGACCGUGAGGGAGCAUGGCCCUCGCUGCUGACGAUCGUCGGCUUUGCGUUCCUGACAUUCAACUCGGCGAUGGCUGUGUACAGCUCGAACAGAGACGUGGGAACCAUCUCCUUUGUGGUCUUCUCCUACCUUGACCUCGUUCUGCUCUUCUACUUCCUUCGCCAGUACGAGAGGACACUGCCGGAAUCACCCCGCCGGGAGCACAUCAAGAUGGUUGUGUGGCUGCUCACCACGAUGCUCACUGCUGCAUUCUCAUACAAGGUGGCGGCGAUCAUGCCGCUCCCGGUGCAGGUGCUUGUGUGGGCAAUGGCUGGAGCCACCGUGCUCGGUGGUUUCUACGCUUUCUUCGUUCACCAGGAGAAACCUUGGCAGGACGCCCCAAAGGCAUAGCGAGGGUGCCUUGGGGGAGGCAAAAAUUCGACAGGUAUGUCCUACAUACGCUCUGGCCCGUCGCCUUUCUGCGCGUACGGGCCGGGUGUCCGGUGAGACCGGCGACCGGCGUCGUCUCAGGCUCCCAACUUGCGGGAACUGAGACGCCUGGCAGGCGCCGCCGGCGUGGAGGACGCGCCCUGCCGAGUUUUUGCUGCGGGAGCGCGGCACGGAUGGUGGGCUAGUGCGUCUCCAAGUGUCAGUGUAUCAAUUUGCUCCUUGCUAUUACAAGUGGAUUACGAGUCAGUAAGUGUCAAGUGUGUCUAUCAUAGACCGUUUGUUGUCAUCUUUCUUUUGCGAGUCAGAAAGUGUUAAGUGUGUCGUCUCGUUUGAUUUCUACUGUAGCAUUGCGUGUAUACUAUCUUUGGUUUGCUUGGUUUCCCUAUCCUGUGCUGCACGCACGUAGCGUUCAACCACAGUGAAUAAACACUAGCGCGUUGACGGUGAGUAUCACCGGCCGCUGGAGUGUCUAGUUUAGUAUAUGUUGUUGCGUGUAUUUUGUUGCGAAUUGAUCAGUUUCAACAACUGCCUAUGGCAGUUGCUCGUUCGCUUGUCUAUUCGGGAGGGAUGUCUCCCCAAUAGCACUGUUGAACAUGUAUGUAAUAUAGACUUUAUAAUGCAAUGAACAAUCAAUCAAUACUAUAAUUCUACUCUCCAA